GCAAUUGCUUAAUGUCUAGUUAUUUGUUUACAGAUUCUAUUAUUGGCUAUUAUCAUUGCCAUAAAUAUGUUAGAUAGCAGAACUUCUUAUAUUAGAAAUACUCUUUAAUAAUAACAUUUCGCGAAUUACGCAACAAUUGUUGUUCUUAGCUACCUGAGAAAGUCUCCCAUUACAUUUUCUCGAAAACAACAUGACACUUUCUCGUGAACUAUUAACCUCUGCACGGCCGAAAUCGUCCGUGAAUAUCAUCAGAGACGGCCGAAAAGAGUUAGUCGCUGCCUUAGUCCUCGGAAAGUAAAGAAGUCGUCCUCCCUUCAAUUAUCAUCCAUUAAUUAAUUCGAAUUAAUCGCCAUAGGAUAAACUUUUCUGUGUGUGUGUGUUAGUGCAUGAUCGCCUGGAUAACUAAAAUACCCAUCAGAACUGGAUACAUCCUGAAAAACCCAUAGGAAGCUCUUAUUCUCCGAUUCAACAAGACCCGACCGGGACCUAUUAUCAAAGGUAUUUAUCAUCCCGCGAAUCGUAUGUGAACUCUCUCUCUCCGCGACAAUCCUUUUUCCGAUAGAUUUUUAAAUAAACCCUUGUUAAUUGUUAAGUGUAUCUGAGUCACUUCCAAUGUUGUCUCUCGAAUCGACAUUACGAAUCCGUCUGAUCAAGUACGGGACCGCUCGCUCGACGGCGUGACGUAAUAGCCGUCUCAGUUUCCGUGUUUCGAGAAACACAGUGGUGUCAAUCCUGACAGGGUACCAAAGAGGUGCCGACCCGAAAGGUCACAAAUAAGUUACUAGACAUAUUACACCAGUCAUAAAGAAAUUACAAUGUAUUCAGCAAGUUAUCAUGUCAAUGCCGUAAUUUCUUUAUAACUGGUAUAAUAGGUCUAGUAUAUUAGGUAGAUGAUGAUAACCAAUAAUUGAACUUGUAAAUGCAGUUCUAUUGUUAGAUUUUUGAACAUUUGACCUUCAUAUACAUUUUUAGAAACACAUUGCUUCUGAAUGUCAAGAAUUGCCUGUGUUUAUUGACAUUUACCACAUGAUAAUUAAUAUUAAUUAAAAAAAAUAGUUAAGAAUCAACACAUCAACAUCAAAAAUCUAGCAACAUAAACACUUUAAUGGUCAUUAUCAGGUUUUAAUCUUUAAAAUGUUGCAGGUUAGGACCUGAUGAUAAUUGUUUAAUAGACAAACAAAUGUUUUAAAGUUUUAUAUUGCUGGAUUUUUGAUGUUGGUAUGUUUAUUUUUCAGUUACAUUGUUUUAAUAGCUGUUUAUUAAUGUUAAUUUACAUAUUUUCAGUUUAUAUGGUAUGGAUUUUUCCAGUGUAUUGAUGCAUUUCUCUUCAUAUUCACAUUUUUGCCACUUCGAUUUGCUUUAUCAGUAUGGUUUCUUCUUACUCGUUCCCUUAAAAUUAUGUUCAGAUCAUUAUUUCGAAGAAAUGACAGUAAUGAAAAAGAAAAUGUGUUACAACCAGCAGAAAUCUGUGAUUUAUUGAGAGGAAUAAUUUUGAUAACAGUCAGUUUUCUCAUGACAUAUGUUGACACGUCCAUGUUAUAUCAUAUUGUAAAAAGUCAGUCCGUCAUCAAAUUAUAUAUAUUUUUUAAUAUGUUAGAGAUUGCAGAUAAACUGUUCUCAUCUUUCGGGCAAGACAUUCUGGAUGCCCUAUUCUGGACAGCUACAGAACCUCGAGGAAGGAAGAGAGAACACAUUGGAUUAGUGCCACAUCUAAUAAUGGCUGUUUGCUAUGUCUGUAUCCUUUUUUAAAACUACAAAAUACAUUUGGUAUAAAUGAGACUAGAAAUUGCUAAUUCUUGUAUAACAAAGAUUGUUUAACUUUUUAAAAAUAAUAAUAAUAAUGCAAGUGGUAAAGAAGCAAAAUGUCAAUCAAUAAUGAAAUAGUAGCUUACAGUAUCAUAUAAUAAAAUAAAAUAUAGCACAAUAAGAACUAAGGUAUAAUUUUAUUCAUUGCUCUUGUGAUUUGUGAUAUUGUUUUCCAUU